GGCCUCGGCUACGGCGCCGGUCGAGCAGCGCCAGCGCCGGCCGAGCCACCGCAGGCAAUGGAGUCGGUGGACGCACUCGAGGUGCCGUUCGAGGAUGUGCAGCCACAUCCUGCGCCACAGCGCCGGCGCAGCCACGAGGGCGACCAGCCCGCUGCCGCGCAGCUGGCGGCAUCCCGCGCUCCCGGACUCGGCGGCGAGUGGGCGAAGGCCCUCCUCGCGGGCGACGCCUGCAGCCCUGGCAGCAAGAUUGGCCUCACUGCGCCGCUCUCUCCGCCGGGCGGGCCGGCGGCCUCCUCCGUGGCGGCGCCCUCGCGCGCCUCGGAUCGAUACUCGCUCAAGGAGCUGCCGCUGCGCUACCAGAGACUCUCGAUAGGUGCGGCCGCGGCGGACGGGGCUACCGACGCGGUCUCGGCCACGACCAAGGUCACGAGCAGCAAUAAGAUCGGCCCGCGCGCUACUGCCUCCAGGGCGGCCGCGGGGCGGCCCGCGACGGCGGGUGCCGAGCAGGUGGUCCGUCCCGCCAGGAAGAGCCCCGCCGCCGCGCCGCAGCCGAAGCCGGCCGGCGCCCGCGCGCCGAAGGAGCGGCGGCCCGUGGACGGGGCCGCCGCCGACGCGGCGGGCGCGCCCGGGGCGGGGGGCCGCCGAAGGAACUCUGGCGACGCGGAGGCAGAGGGCACGGCGGCGGAGGGCGCGCUUGCCGACGCCGGCAGAGGCCACCCGCGGUCAGCAGAAGGCGCGGGCUCUCCUCAGUGGCUGCUCGAGGACCCCGCCAGAGACGCCGAAGGCGCGGCAGGCGCGGCCGAGAGCCCGCGGUGCCACUCCAGUGAGGACCUGGAGUCUUACGGCGUGUUCGAGGAGGACGUCUUGCUGGAGGCCGAGGCCCCGUGCGUCGCCGAGCCGCCCGGCACGCCCGACGCCGACGCCCGGCGCCCGGACCCGCGGCGCUUCUUCGUGAUGGACCUCACCGAGCCCCCGGCGGCCAAGGCCCGGCCGCAGCCGGGCGGCGCGCCCGCCAGGCCCAGCGAGCGGCGCGGGGCCCCCGGGGGAGCCGCGGCCAAGGCGCCGCCGCAGGGCUUCAUCAAGCCUGCCCCGGCCAAGCCGAAGGCGCGGGAGCCGGCCCGCGCCGCCGCGGCGGCGGCCAAAGCCGACCGAGACGACAGGAGGAGGGGCACGGAACCGGUGAUCAAGUUCGGGCAGAAGCCGUCUCGAGAGGAAUGCAGGUCGCUCGAGGUGGCGUUCGACGACAUCGCGUCGCCAGAGCCGUCGCCGUGCACCGACGAGGCCGCGUGGGCCGACUCCCCCGGGCUGGACUGCGCCUUCACCGCGCCCCUGGCGAUUGGGGCGAACCUGCCCGUGGCCCUUCGGAGGCGGCUUGACAAGCGGCGGCUGGACCAGCACAAGAGCUCCGAGAGCAGAACGGCCCGGGCGGCGCGGGCGCUGCAGGCGCAGGCGUCGGCCGACUGCGACGCGCUGGGCUCCUCGUGGCGCAGCCUGUCCCUGCGGAGCCCGCAGUCGCCCCAGGCGUCGACCCCGCAGUCCUCGAGGGGCCCGCGCACGGAGCCGCUGCUCGGCAGGAGCCUCUCGAGCGCGAACCUGCAGAGCCGCCCGGGCCCGGGCUCGCGUGUGCGGCCCGGAUCGCUGUCGCCUCCUGGCUGCAGCAUCGCCAGGCUCGCCGCGGGCGGCGAGCCUGACGCGCUGCUCCUCAGGUCGUUCUCCGCGCGCGCGCGGCCAUCGGCGGGCCUCGCCUCGCCCGGCGCAGCGGCCGGGCGCGCUGGCGCGCUGAAGGUGGCCGACGACGGCGACGAGGGUGGCAGGCAGAUGUUCGACAAGAACGAGCUGAGAGGCAAGCACCGGGAGCUCUUCUGUAAAGCGAUCGCCCAGUAUCGCAGGCAGGUGUUGCAGGAGGACGAGGGCUGCGGCACUCUGGCUGGCGCGGGUCCAGGCGGUACCUCCUCGGGCAGCCGGCCAGGCGGCGGCCGAUCGGGCGGCGCGGUCCAGGUCUUCGUGCGGAAGCGCCCCCUGUUCGACAAGGACAGGAGGGACGGGGACUAUGACGUGUUCUCACUUGUGCCAUGCCAGCCGCUGCCGCGGCAAGUGGUGCUGCACAACUGCUUGUUGGAGGCCGAUCUCAAGUCCCCCUUCGUCAAGCACCACUACUUCAAGUUCGACUGCGCGUUCGGGCAGGGCGCCGAGAACCGGGAGGUGUACUCGGUGGCGGCGGCCGACCUCGUGCGGAGCGCCUCCAAGGGCGGCGUCGGCACGAUGUUCAUGCUGGGCCAGACGGGCAGCGGGAAGACGCACACCAUGUCCGCCAUAGAGGAAAUGGCCGCCCACGACCUCUUCCACGACGCUGACGCGGCGGGCGGGGAGCCGCUGCUGGCGGUGCAGUUCGUGGAGCUGCGCGGGAACCGCUGCUGCGACCUGCUGGCCGCCAGCGCCUCCGCGGGCGGCGGCGCGGCCGCCCCGGAGCUGCGGCUGCGGGAGCGGGCCGACGGCGCCUACGUGCCCGAGGGCGCCACCAGCCUGGUGCCCAAGAGCGCCAAGGAGCUCUGCGCGAUCCUGCAGGCGGCGCACUCGCGGCGCGCCACCUCCGCGACCAACGCCAACGAGGUCAGCUCCAGGAGCCACGCGGUGUGCGUGCUCCAGAUGCUGCAGGCGCGGGGCCAGCUGAUGCUGGUGGACUGCGCCGGCAGCGAGAGGCGGAAGGACUCGAUGCACCACUCCCGGGAGCGGCAGCAGGAGGGCGCGGAGAUCAACGCCUCCCUCUACGCCCUGAAGGAGUGCAUCCGCUACAUGACGACGAAGCAGGAGGUGCCCUCGCACGCCUACCGCGCCUCCGCGCUCACGAAGGUGCUGGCCGAGGGCUUCAUCAGGGCCCGCGAGGCGCGCCUGUCGGUAAUAUGCUGCUGCUCCCCGUGUGCCUCGGACACGGAGCACACCCUGACGACGCUGCGGACAGGCAUGUCCUUCGGAGGCUAUGGCGCUGAGCGGGAGGAGAAGGAGCCGCUCAUGGGCAUGCUGCGGGAGCAGCGGGGGCCCCGCGAGCUCCACCCGAAGCAGUGGACCCCCGAACAGGUGCGCGCCUGGUUCUCCGACGUGGACGCGGGGCGCUACGCGCGCGUGCUCGAGGCCCUACCGUCCAACUUCACGGGCCAGAUGCUCAUGCGGGUCACGGAGACCAGGUUCGUGCAGAUGUGUGGAGGCAACGCUCGGCGGGGCCAUCACCUGUUCGAGCUGCUGCACCAGGAGAUCUCCCGCGUGGAGCAGUCCCGGAAGCAGUCCGCUCCGUAA